AGUUGAAGCGAUUAAGUCGCAACUGCCAUUUCCUCUUAGUUUUAUACGCAAGGACAAGGAGUAAAAAAUAACACGCUGUUCACUUACUUACUCAGGAACUCCGUCGUGACUAUCGUAGAAGGGACGACGGCGGGUGCGCGGACGAUGAGGGCAUCUUAGCCGGAGAAUCUCAGCGGUCGGCCGGGCGCAGCAGCAUCGGCUCCAACGCCUUCGACAGCUCCCCUCGAGGCUCGGCGGGCUCCCUCUCCAACUUCGAGCGGCUGGAGAUCAUGGCGCGCAAGUCCCUGCCCUACAUCCAGCAGCGGCGCCAGUCCUCGGCGUCCGCCUACAUCCGCGAGCCGCUCAUGGCCACGACGGACGACCGCAACUGGUCGUGGCGCUACCUCAGGGAACGGUUUCGCAUCAAGGAUCUGGAGGACCUCUUCGAGCACUACCAGCUCCGCCUCCACCACGCCAUGUUCAUCGUCUACCUCAUGCUGCAGCUCUUCCUCUCCUGCAGCGCCAUCGCCACCCUCUUCAUAAUGCGGCACCCACCGCAGGAGCUCGUCCCUGAGCUGACGGGCCACGGCGCCGCCCUGGUCGUGUGCAUGGCCCUCCUGGUCUACGUGUACGACGAGCGGACCUUCCGGCAGUUCCCCAGUCUCCACGUAGUCAUGUCGGGCCUCAUCAUCCUCACUCUCUUCGCGACGGAUGUGUCUCUCACACUCUAUUUCCACGAGCAAGAGAUCCAGGGUGACGAGGAUAAGGAUGUCAAGUUUGGCAACAUGAUAUACCUCCUGUUGGUCGUCUAUGUCUUCCUGCCGAUUCCUAAGAAGUGGCAAGUAACAGUCCUCGCUCUACUGCUCACCCUCGGCUACCUGGCCCUCGGGUACUACGCCAUCCAGGGCGACCAAAGUCCUUACGGUCGCCAGCACAUCGUCACCAAGAUGUGCGUGGACGCCACCAUCCUCCUGUGCGUCAAUCUGGUGGGGAUCUAUUGGCGUUUCAUGAGCGAAGUGGCCUUCAGAAGAGCCUUCCUGGAUAAGAGAGGGAAUCUGGAGUCAAAGUUUAAGCUGGACGCAGAGAAGAAGCAGGAGGAGGGGCUUCUGUUGAGUAUCCUGCCGAAGAACAUCAUGCAGCAGGUGAAGUCUGAUUUCCGAAAUAUGAUCGAGAGGACUCUACAGACCUUCCCAAGAGCACAAUGUCAUUCUCGCAAAGACUACAAACCUUAUCGGUCAACACAGAAAUGCAGGAAUCUUUACGUCAACCGCCACGAAAUGGUCUCCAUUCUCUACGCGGACAUCGUCAACUUCACUCCACUGACGACCAAGCUCAGCGUGGAUCAGCUGGUUGAGAUGCUGAACGAUCUCUUCGGCAAGUUCGACGAGUCUGCUGAGACCAAUGGUUGUCUUCGUAUCAAGAUUCUCGGGGACUGUUACUACUGCGUGUGCGGAGUCCCUGAGUAUAACAAGGACCACGCUCACAACUGCGUAAAAGUAGGCUUUGAGAUGAUCGAUAUCAUCCGCGAAGUUAGAGAGGAGCGGGCUGUGAACGUGGACAUGCGCAUCGGCAUCCACAGCGGCAGCGUGCUCUCCGGCCUCAUAGGCGUCCGCAAGUGGCAGUUCGACGUGUGGAGCAAUGACGUCACCAUCGCCAACCACAUGGAGCAAACGGGGCGCGCGGGCCGAGUUCACGUGACACACAAGACCCGCGAACUGCUCACUGGCCUCGACUACGGCUUCGAGCCCAGUGACGGACGCCGGAAGGACCAGCUCCUGAUGGACGAGAAGAUUGACACGUUCCUUAUCAUCCCCAAGCACAGGGUAUUUGGAAGCGGCUUGCUUGGCGCUGCCCAAUGGUUCAAACCUGAAGGAAUCAAUCCCCUGCUGCUGACAUUCACGAAGGAGAGCUGGGAGCUUCCUCUGCUCCGCCAACCCGACCCCCUCUACAAGUACUACAUCCUUUGUGCCAUCUUCAUCUUUAUCGUCAUCUUCCUCACUCAGCAACUUCUCAUGCCAGUGAACUUGUGGGGCUGGGCUGCGGGCGUGGCGGGCGUCCUGAUCCUUGCGGCGGUCGGGCCGGUGUGCUGGGUGGCGACCGUGCACCAGCAUAUCGUCGACCCGCACAACGACCGCGAGUUCGACACCCGCAGCCGCUCGGCCGUCACGGAAUUCUUCUACGCGGCGUCGAAGGGCGUGAUCGCCUCCAUCGAACUGAGGGCGCUGCUCUUCUUCCUCGUCUGCAUCGCCCUCUACAGCUGCAUCGAGUGCACUGACAUCUUAGAAGAAUACGCAAGCACGCUUUUGAACACCACGGCAGCACCUUUCGGGGCCAAUGCAAGCACCGACCUUCCUCUUUCUCCUAGCGACAUUCCUGCUCUCUGUUGCGACCCCUGGUAUUUCACCUACAGCGUCACCCUCACGCUCCUUGUGGUUUGGACCUUCUUCAGGAUGCACUUCCUCCUCAAGUUCUCCGUCUACGUCGUCGCCGUCACAUUCUACGGCUUUUUCGUCCUGUAUUUUGCCGAGGGCGUGUUCAGCCACGAGGGCAUGCUGUUCUUCGUGCUCUUCGUCUUCUUCGCUCUCCACGUCAUGGACAGGCAGAUGGAGUACAUAAUGCGGCUCGACUUCCAAUGGAAACAGCAGCUGGAGGCGGAGCAGAAGGAGGCGCAGACCACGCACUUCGCCAACAAACUCCUUCUUCAGAACAUCCUUCCUCUCCACGUCGCGGACAUGUACCUGAACCGGCAAGGGGCGACGGACGAACUGUACCACGAGUCGUACCAACACGUAGGAGUGAUCUUCGCGUCCAUCCCGAACUACGGCGAGUUCUACCGUGAGAAUGAGAUGAACGAGGACGGCAAGAUGUGCCUCAAGGUCCUCAAUGAGAUCAUCUCCGAUUUCGACAUGCUUACAUACGAAGCGCCUUUCCUGACUAUGGAAAAGAUCAAGGUGGUGGGCAGCACGUACAUGGCCGCCUGUGGCCUCCAGCCCGGCCGGAGGUACAGCGACGACUCCAACUUCGAGGAGAGGGACAAGCAGGAGAAUGUGGCCACCAUCACCAAGUUUGCGGCGGCCAUGUUCGAGAAGCUCAAGGCCAUGAACAGAGAACACUUGCAGGACUUUCGACUGAGAGUGGGCAUCGACGUGGGCCCAGUGAUCGCGGGCGUGGUGGGCGCCCAUAAGCCUAUGUAUGACAUCUGGGGAAACACCGUCAACGUCGCCUCCAGGAUGGACUACACGGGGGAGAUGGGGAAAAUUCAUGUGACGAAGGAAGUGGGCGAAAUCUUGCAGGAGCAAGGUUGGGCCGUGGAGUGUCGCGGCGAGAUCUACGUGAAGGGCAAGGGCCACAUGGUCACCUACUUCGUGGACCCGACGCAACCUCCUCCCAAAGCAUCGACCGACGCCCACCCGGAGGCGAACAAUAACGAGAACCUGAGCCUCAAAUCCAGUAGCCAUAUCAUCAUCAACAACAACAGCAAGGCGUCGAAAGACGCGGAGAGUGUCGAGCAGCCCAGGCGAAGGAGCAGCCAACUGAGCCUUAACUCCCUGAAGGGGUACCUGUCGCCGCACCGAGGGAGCCUGGAGAUCAGUAGGGGCAAAGGCGCCAGUGGAGACAGCAGCAGCCCCUCGUCCAAUUACCGAAGGAGAAAUGACAGCUUCGAGGACAGCCGGGAGGGGAGGAGAUCCCGGAGCAGCUCCCCGCGCAACUCCGAUGACUCGGGGGCGUCCGGCAGCCUCCAGGGGCGCCAGGGACCCCCUGCGGCUGAGGCGGGAGUCACCGCGAAACGAGCCUACCAUAACCUCAUUGAGGACGAAUUUGCCAAGUACAAUCAUUCUUUCGAAAAAGAGGACGAGCGGCCCGCAUUCCCUACGUCCCUGCGGAUCGAGGAGGAGGACGAGACGCCCUCAGGCCCCGUCGCCAACGGGAAUGUACAGUCCUCAUCGUUGGGCGCGUUACAGGCCGGGGGCGUAACGCGCAGCGCCUCCGACAGGGAGUCGGUGUCCACGCAGAGGAGCAGCAUGGCCUCCAGGUCCUCCAGCAAAGGCAGGGUCUUCAGCAGAUCGUCGACGUUACGCCAAGUGGACGUACACCCGCUGGCCCUCCUGAAGGAGCAGGAGUCUCACCGACCGGCGCACACCGAGCUCUCGAUAGACUCUUGCGAGAGCGAGGAUAUUCGCUUGUGAAGACGGCCUAUGACUAACGCGACUGAGAAAUAAGUUUGCUAAAUCAACGUUUCCGUUUUUAAUUCUCUCUCGAAAAAACGGAGAUGAAGAAAGGAAAAACGUACGGAGAUAAAGUGAUACUAGGUAAGGCGAUUUGUAUUACUUUUAUUAAAGAAAAUAUUAGAGCGUGAGCAUCAAACCUCACAUUGCUGGUGAUAAAAGGGAAAGAGGAAAUAAUCCCAUAGAAAAAAGAAACUAUUUUUUACCUCAAAUAAAAACUAAGUGAAUGCUAAUUUCGUCCGCAAGUUUACUUAAACUUAAAGUAUGUCUAGAAUACAACAAUAAACUACUUUAAUUUCUUUUCUUUGUUGUAUGUGAUUACAAUAUAUACUUUUAAAAUGUUUUUCAUUUAUGUUUUUUUCGGAAUUUUAGGCAACUUAAUGACCAUUUGUGUUUCAUUUAAAUGUCAGUUUUAACAACUACUGCAUUAAGACUAUUUGUAAACAGAAAAUUACUCUUGCCAUGGGGUUCUGUGUGCAAUAAAAUAGGAAGCAGAAAAAGACAUGAAAUGUCCCU